UUUAAAAAAAUAAAUUAAAAAUUAAACAGCAGUACGCCCCUGAGUAUUGAUUUUUCUCUCACUCUCUCACAAUCCACCAACACAAAAGUCAAAAAAAUGAGUCAGUCUUCUCAGUCAGUCAGACACAACAACACCACUCGGAUCUCAUCAUAAUCAAAACAAUUACAACAAAAUACCACUACAAUUAUUUUUAAAAAUGUUCGCCCUGCUGAACCGGAUGUUGGAGUGGCUCAAGUCUCUAUUUUGGAAGGAGGAGAUGGAGUUGACCCUCGUCGGCCUGCAGUUCAGUGGAAAAACCACUUUCGUCAAUGUCAUCGCUUCCGGCUCCUUCAGCGAGGACAUGAUCCCCACGGUGGGCUUCAACAUGAGGAAGAUCACCAAGGGGAACGUGACGAUCAAAGUGUGGGACAUUGGAGGCCAGCCCAGGUUUCGGUCAAUGUGGGAGAGGUACUGCCGCGGAGUGAACGCCAUCGUCUUCAUGGUUGACUCUGCAGACCACGAAAAGAUCGAGGCAGCCCGUAACGAGUUACACAAUUUACUGGAAAAACCCCAACUGGUGGGGAUCCCAGUCCUCGUCCUUGGAAAUAAACGCGACCUCCCCGGAGCACUGGAUGAAAAUGGACUCAUUCAGAGGAUGAACCUGGACAUAAUCCAAGACCGAGAGAUCUGUUGUUACUCGAUAUCGUGUAAGGAGCGUGAGAAUAUUGACAUAACUCUCCAAUGGUUGACUGAUCACUCUUCCUCAAAGUCAAAUAAAUAGUCUUUAUUUAUUCUUGUCCAAA